UGUAGUGUGUGCAUAUUUAUGUGGAAGUGCUGUUUACAUGCACGACAAAUCACCGGCAAAGUGUGGUUUACCGGCAAAAAGGAGGUCAUUAUAACUCAAAGUAAUUCUCAAUCACCAAAAUGGCUGGUGUUCGAUCCUUAAAAGGUUUGGUUGGUUUAGUGACCGGUGGAGGGUCAGGUCUAGGGAAGGCGACUGCACAGCGGUUGGUCAAUCAAGGAGCUAGAGUUGUUGUUCUUGACCUUCCUAACUCACCGGGAGAAGAUGUCGCUAAGGGACUCGGAGACGAUUGCAAAUUUUCUGCCGGAGAUGUAACCUCAGAGUCUGAAGUAAGCGCAGCCUUAGCUAUGGCUAAGAACUCAUUUGGCCGACUAGACUUGGCCGUCAACUGUGCUGGAGUUGGUAUCGCUGUAAAAACGUAUAAUUUUAACAAAAACCGAGCUCAUCCCCUAGCUGACUUCCAGAGAGUUUUAACUGUAAACGUUGUGGGUAGUUUUAACGUCAUCCGUCUCUCCGCUGGUGAGAUGGGCAAGAAUGAUCCCGGAGCGGAUGGACAGAGGGGCGUCAUUGUCAACACAGCUAGUGUGGCUGCGUACGACGGACAGAUCGGCCAGGCUGCGUAUUCAGCAUCGAAGGGCGCCAUCGUUGGCAUGACGUUGCCAAUCGCUCGAGAUCUUGCCUCGCAAGGGAUCAGAGUUUGUACCAUAGCACCAGGAUUGUUUGACACACCACUUCUAGCAUCGCUACCAGAGAAGGUGAGGACCUUCUUAGCUCGUAUGGUUCCGUUUCCUAGUCGUCUUGGCCACCCUGACGAGUACGCACACAUGGUUCAGUGUAUCAUUGAGAAUCCCAUGAUGAAUGCCGAGACAAUUCGUCUAGAUGGGGCCAUAAGGAUGCAGCCUUAGAUUAACGGACAUUGGUGUGGAUAGGUGACAUACGCACACAUUGGCAUGGGAUAUAUUUGUUUAGAUGAUCUUCUCGUCGGGGGUACUCAGCCAACUCCCACAAGGGGAUAUAAACACCAAGCUGGCGAAAGCCAAUCUCUUUCAUACAAACAUUGGUUUAACAUUUAUGAUUAUGUAUUGCACAAAUCAAGAAAUUGUGAUUCAGUAAUUAGACGACAUAAUUAUUCUAGACAUUGUGGAAGAAAGGGAUCUGUUUGUUUAGAAGAUCUUCCUGUCAAGGAAAACUUGGCAAAAUCCCACAAGGGGAUACAAGCACCAAGCUGGCAACAGCCAAUCUCUUUCAUACAAACAUUGGUUUAACAU